AUGGGUCCUUUUCGUUAUCUCUCCCACCUGGCGCUGACGAGCGCGUUACUCGGCCUGGCCGAGAGCAAACUGUCCUGUACACCCGAGUCAUUCUCGAAGUACCUGUCCUCUGCCGGCCAAGAGAAUGCCACGGUCUUGCAGGCAUUCCACAUCGCGAAGGGCGACACCUUUGAGGUCCCGGCCAGUGACAUCGCGUACCCGCAGUCGCCGACCGAAUUACCUGAGCUCUGUGUCGUGCAGAUUAACGUGACAUCAAGUGCAACCUCAGCGUACACAUUCGGACUCUUCAUGCCUACCGAGUGGAACGACAGAUUCUUAGCGGUCGGCAAUGGAGGAUUUGCGGGAGGCAUCAACUGGGUCGACAUGGGCGUCGGCGCGCGAUACGGAUUCGCCACCAUGUCGACCGACACAGGACACAACAGCAUCUCCUCGGAUGGCCGGUGGGCGUACCAUGAGCCCGAAAGACUGAUCGACUGGGGUUACCGGGCUAUGCACGGUUCAGUGGUCCUGGCCAAAGAAUUGACGGAGCAAUACUACGGCGAUGCCCUGAAGUACAACUACUACAGCGGCUGCUCCACCGGCGGCAGACAGGGACUGCGAUCGGUGGAACUGUAUCCCGACGAUUUCGACGGUGUCAUCGCCGGCUCUCCCGCGUGGUGGACGUCGCAUCUGCAGCCCUGGACGGUGAAGAUCGGGAGCUACAAUGCCGACCCCGCCACUCAGAUCCCAACAAGCAUGUUCAGCGUGAUCGGCGCCGAGAUCAUCAAGCAGUGCGAUCCCCAGGAUGGACUGUCCGACGGGAUCGUGUCCGCGCCGCAACAGUGCAAUCUGCGCCUGGAGACGCUCCUCUGUCAAGGUAUCAAUGCCACCACGUGUCUGACCCCGGCGCAGCUUCAGACCCUGCGCCUCAUCUACAGCGACUACGUUGACGUCAACCAGACCUUUGUCUUUCCCCACCUGCUGCCGGGCAGCGAAGCGCAGUGGAGUGUGCUAGUCAAUAACGGGACCGCCAAUGGCCUCGGAAUCGAUUACGUGCGGUACUUCCUUGGUAAGGGCAAGCAGUGGCAACAUGACCAGUUCGAUUACAGUAUCAUCCAGCUUGCGGAUCGACUCGACCCCGGCAACGCGACGGCCGACGAUUUCGACAUCUCGCCGUUUCAGCAGAAGGGCGGGAAGCUGCUUAUGUACCACGGUAUGGCGGACGGGCUCAUUCCCACCGACAGCAGUCUCCACUACUACAACAAGGUCACCGAGGAGCUGAUCCCCAAGGGGGUCGAUCUGGACUCCUUCUAUCGGUUCUUCUAUGUUCCUGGCAUGCAACACUGCUCAGGCACGCCAGAGAGCAUGCAUGCGCCGUGGUACUUCGCGGGCCCCAACCAGGCUCCCACGCUCUCGUCGAGUCUCCACAGCGUCCCUCAAUACCAGGAUGCGCAGCACGAUAUCCUGCUGGCCCUGAUGAGCUGGGUGGAGAAUGGGACCUCGCCCGAGCCGCUGGUCGCCACCACCUGGCAGAAUGACACGACCCAGGAUGAAGUGUACCGUCAACGGCCAUUGUGUUUCUACCCGCAGAAGGCCGUGUACACGGGCAAGGGGGAUGCAAAUGAGGCGGCGAACUGGGAGUGUCGGUCGCAGUACUAG